AUGGCGGGAAUCCCUCGCCCCGCCUCUUCAGCAAUCUGCAAAGCCGGAAUGCUGUACAUACUGGCAAUCCUCUCAUUUGUUAACGCAGGGCAAUUGAAGACUGUCGAGAUCCCUGCACCUGUGAUCAAAGUCCUGGCACCACCGAGAAUUAGAUACGAAAUCGCAGAACCUCAAAUCAUAAAUGUGGAACCCGAGAUCAGAUAUGUAACGCCUCCGACCAUACAACUAAGACCAAAUAUAAUUCGCAUCCAAGAGAAACCUGUGAAAUAUCGAGUUAGACCAGUGGACGUGGAUGCUGAGGUCGACUAUGGGCGAGGAGUAGGAACGAGUCGCAGACGUUUCUCUCAGCGCAGAACAACCGUAAGGAGACGUGUCAACAAAUCAAGGGGAAAACACAGCAGAGUGAGACAACACAAAGUCAAAUCUAAAUCACACGAGCGUAGUCGAAUAUCUGGCGACAUUACUAUUUCUCAUAGUUCCAAAGUAGACGUUGAAGUCGGUACUGGCUCUUUGACAUUCGAUGUUUGGUUGGUGUUCGAAAGAAGGCAUUAUAUGGUGAAAAGAAAUGCAAAAUCCUUCAACGAUGCAGAGAGAUCUUGCCGAAAGCAUCACGCUCACUUGGUUUCUAUACACAGCGAAGCAGAAAACAACUUCAUUCACAAAAUCACUGCCGACGGCUCUCGCAUCAGAUCUUUUUUUGAUUUUGUCUACAUUGGUCUUCACCAAAAUUCGAGAAACAAGUGGGAAUGGACGGACGGGAGCGCAUUCAAUUACAACAAGUGGGCGGUACAUCAGCCAGACAAGCCAAAAACGGAAAAAUGCGCGCAGUUUCAUCAAGGCCCAGCGAGAUUAGUAUAUGUUCAGGACUAUCACUGGAACAGUAUUUCAUGCGAAAGACCUAUGAGAUAUUAUGUCUGCAAGAAAUAA